UCCCUAAUGGAGAUCAAACCCUUGCUUUCAUGUUGCUUGUUAGAAACUUUUCUUCUCCUCUCUUCUUUGCCUUCCCUCUACUUUUCACACUCGACUCAUGAGCUUUCCAAUCGAUUUCUUGCUAGUCGUCUAUUACAAACCACUCCUCACAACACAAAUCAACAAUAUUUGAUACCCCACAACACUAAAAGAGCAAAGCUUGGUCUCCCGCCUCUAACAUGGAGCAAGAAACUAGCCGAUUAUGCGUCUUGGUGGGCUCACCAACGCCAAGGAGAUUGUGCUUUGAUUCAUUCCAAUAGCAACUAUGGUGAAAACCUAUUUUGGGGAAGUGGCAAGGAUUGGAAACCCGGUGAUGCUGUUGAAGCAUGGGCUGCUGAAAGAAGUUACUACAACCAUAACACAAAUUCUUGUACUCAGAAUAAAGAUUGCCUGCACUAUACCCAGAUGAUAUGGAGGCAAAGCUUGAAGGUCGGUUGCGCAAAAGUGACAUGUAAGAGUAAGGACACAUUUAUCACUUGUAACUAUGAUCCCCAUGGUAAUGUGAUAGGUCAAAAGCCUUUUUAAUUUGUUGUACAUAAUGAGAGGGGAUUCAUUAUCUGUUGGGAGACUUCAUACUUGUUUCAUUUAUUAAUAAUCAUACAUUGUGAUA